AUGCUUUUUUGGCUGGAUUCUUCAGCUGCCUUGUCGACGUUUGUGAGGUUUUUCCCGCGGGUGAAGGCGAGAUAUGAUUACAGUCUCCUGAUAUUCAUACUCACCUUUGCGUUGAUAUCAGUGUCGGGGUUCAGAGAAGAACAAGUUCUCGUGUUGACUCAUAAGAGAAUCUCCACUGUGAUCAUCGGAGGACUCAGUUGUGUCCUUAUCUCCAUCUUUGUCUGCCCUGUUUGGGCAGGCCAAGAUCUUCAUUCUCUCCUCGCCUCUAACGUUGAGAAACUCUCCUUCUUUUUGCUAGAAUUUGGGGACAAGUAUUGUGAAACGGUAAGAGAUGGUGACACCAAAGAGGUUGACAAAGGCAAAAAUGGUUCUGACAACUACAAAAGUGUUCUCAACUCAAAAAGCAAUGAAGAAUCUCUGGCUAAUUUUGCUAAAUGGGAACCUGGUCACGGCCAGUUCAGAUUCCGCCAUCCGUGGAAACAAUAUCUAUCCAUCGGGGGAUUAGUCCGACAAUGUGCUUAUCGGAUUGAUACCCUGAAUUCAUAUCUAAAUGCAGAUAUUCAGGUGUCAAUCGAUAUAAGAAAGAAACUAGAAGAACCGUUGAGAAGAAUGAGUUUGGAAUCAGGAAAAGCAAUGAAAGAAAUGUCAGUUUCAUUAACAAAAAUGAUCAAACCAUCUUCAUCCGAUCUUCAUGUCCGAAACGCAAAAUCUGCCUGCAAAUUCCUCACCAACUUACUUCAUUCAGGCAUCUUGAAAGAAAUUUCACUAAGCAUGAAAAAGGAGCGAGGCCCAAAGCAUGGCCCAACUCCAGAGGAUCAUUACACGGGAGAAAUCCAGACCUAA